AGCACCACCCAAAACAUUCAUAAGGACGGAACACCCGCAAUGCACACCCAGCUCCAACGCAAUCCUUAUUCGGAGCCCAUCGACAGCGAGUGUGCCGGCCGCCUCGCUUGAUUAUUGAACGACCCAUACCGUGACGCACGACCACGACGUAUCCGCACUCUACCUUCAGCCGCCGUCUAGCCACUGCACCUGCCCCUCCCAUUCAAGAUGCGCCUCUCAACCAUCCUCCCUCUCGCCUCCGCGGCGAUUCUCGCCUCGUCUGCCAUAGCGCGCCCUGUUUCCUACAUCGCCUUCCGCGACGACGCUGACCUUGCGGAGCGGGCUCUUGGCGAUCUGCAGGUACUCUUCGAUCGGGGUUACUUUGGCGAACAGCUAUCCGUACGCACGGAAGGCCCUCCACACCCAGGAACGUUCCCCCAACGGGGUGCUCACCGUGGCAUGGAUGGGCUGAAAGCUCACACAGCAGAGCGCGAAGACUGGCACGAGCGCGCUAGGGCGCAUGAGGCCGGACAAAAGGCGGCUAAGAAGGCGGCGAAGGCGGCUACGAAGGCGGCUAAGAAGGGGGGUAGCCAGCCUGCCGGUGCGCAGGGGGUUAGCCAGCCUGCAAGUGCACAGGGGAGUAGCCAGCCUGCACAGGGGAGCAGUCCUCACGUCAAGAAGGUGGGUAGCCGCCCAAAGGCUCAAAGUAAGAAGUGGGUGGCACCUAAGAGGGACUGAGAAGAGGGGCCGCGCGACGAAGUAGCAUGGGGAUCUGUAGUUAGUAGGACGAAGUCGGCAGUCUGCAGAGGGUCAAUGUAUCCGCGCUGACAGGGCGAUUCAUGUCCUGUCCACGAAUGGUAUAUACCGUCGCCCAUU